UUCAUCCUGCAGCUGCCCUGGAGUCUUGGAAAGAGCCGCUUGAAAUCUUUUGGAAAAGCUUUUAAAUAUAAAGUCACCAUCUCUGAGCUGAGGAGAACUGGAGCAGCAACGGUCAACCAAUGCAGAGAGGAGGAGAGAGACUGAGGACGGAAACUACAGAGGGGCAGAAGGUUCUCAGAUUGGCGGCCAGAAAACACAGAGGUGAACUGGCUGUUUUGGGAUAAUGAUGAAAAGGAAGAAGAAUUUAGUGGAGGACAGCUCCACACUUAUCGCCCUCUCGGACCAUCCUGAACAAACCUACGGGAGCAUGGAGAUGAGUGCGGCACCUCAGGAAAACAUGAACGUGUUCAGUGAUGGGGUCACCCGGAUCGAUUUUGUCUUGGUGUGGGAGGAAUCUGUGAACCCCCUGAAGUUUGCCGAAUCAGAUGAAGUAUCGUCGGGUUCCUCGCGUGACACUCACAGGAAGUGGAGGACAGAGUUUCUUUCCAGACUCCGGACUGCUGGUCUUCAUCAGGAGACGAAAGAGGUUUUACAGGGAAAAACAAAGACUACUUACGUCCUUCUGAGUGCGCCCUGGAAUGUUCUGUGUUAUUAUGCUGAGGAGAUCAGCCUUCGAGUACCAUUACAGGUUGUGACAACUCCAAUAUCAAACUGGUCUGAGAAGAUCCUAGAAAAACUGCAUAUCCCAAACAUAAUGGCACAAGAUGUGCCCAACCUUCCACUGGACUACUACACCUGCCAGUUCCACACCAAUAAACUAGAGAGGUUUCUUGGUCAUGAAAACAAGGAUACGUUUUUCAAGACCACACAGAGGCAUCAGAUACUGUAUGAGAUAUUAGCCAGGACUCCAUAUGGCUCGUUGAAUAGAGGGGAGGUUGGCAUUGGCAGGCUGGUUAGUGAGAAUGUUCUCACUGCUGCUUUUCCUUUACAUGAGGGUCCAUCUGAGAUGCCGAAGACUCCAGUAGAUCCACAGUCUCUCAACAUGAGACAGAUCCUGCAUCAGUACUGGGCUCGCUGGGCUUGCUGGAGGAAGUACCAACCUCUGGAUCACAUUCGUGAAUACUUUGGCGAGAAGAUAGCACUCUACUUUGCAUGGUUGGGUUUCUACACAGGCUGGUUAUUACCAGCAGCAGUAGUGGGUUUUAUUAUUUUUCUGUUUGGUAUCUGGCUGAUGGUCACUGAUGUGGCAGCAGAAGAGCUGUGCUCCAGUGGAGACGCCUUUGUCAUGUGUCCACUAUGCAACAUCUGCAGCUACUGGAACCUCUCCAGCAUCUGCUAUACUUAUAAGGCAGGCUUGCUAUUUGACAAUGGAGGAACUGUGUUCUUCAGUAUAUUCAUGUCUCUGUGGGCCGUCACCUUCCUGGAGUACUGGAAACGCACAAGCUCCAUACUCUCCCACCGAUGGGACUGCUCCGAAUUUGAAGAAAUAGAGGAGAGGCCAAGACCAGAAUUCACAGCACUGGCGCCCAUGACGGUUCGUAAUCCUGUGACUGGGGCUGAAGAACCCUAUUUCCCAAAGACUCAACGGCUGAGUCGUAUUCUAACUGGCAAUAUGGUCAUCAUUCUAAUGAUUGCCAUUGUUUUGAUUUUCCUAAUAGCCAUUAUCCUGUAUCGAACUAUCCUAAGCAUCAUUAUCUACAGAUCGCAGAACGCCUUCUUCAUAUUUUCUGCUGGAAGGAUAGCUAGCCUUACUGGUUCUAUGCUAAAUUUGCUGGUUAUUCUGUUGUUGUCACGGCUCUACACUUACCUGGCCAAAAUUCUGACACGAUGGGAAAUGCACCGCACCCAGACCAAAUAUGAGAAUGCGUUCAUCCUCAAGGUCUUCAUCUUCCAGUUUGUCAACUUCUACUCAUCUCCUGUUUACAUUGCUUUUUUCAAGGGCAGGUUUGUUGGAUACCCUGGAAACUAUAACACACUCCUAGGAAUCCGAAAUGAGGAUUGUGGUGCCUCUGGAUGUCUCAUUGAACUAGCUCAAGAACUGUUAGUCAUUAUGGUAGGCAAACAGGUCAUCAGCAACAUCCAGGAAUUUGUCUUGCCUAAAUUAAAGACAUGGUGGCACAGGAGGAAGCUGAAGCCAGCUCCCAGUCAGGAGGUGAUAGAUGAACCAGACAGGCAGCCAGAGCUCAGCCCAUGGGAAGCAAACUAUCAGCUGCUGGUGUGCGAGGGGCUGUUCGAUGAGUAUCUAGAGAUGGACUGA